GGGACAUAUCCUUAGAUUGAAGUAAACCUCAUCACUUUACGCUUUUAGAAACUUGCACUUGUUUGUAUACAUUUUAUUGCCUAAUAUAAAAAUGCCUAGUCGUAUCACACCCUCGUCGGAAUACGAGGAGUCCUCGAAAGAGUGUGGCUUAUUACGAUACUAUUCCGUUUCGAAUAAUGGAUUUCUCCCCCAGCGCGAACCAUUGAGGCGGCUACCACACGCCUAUUAUACCCCAUGGGAGGCCAUACUCGACGAUCUCCCAUCUUUAAUCAAGCAGAGAAGAAUUCGAGAAGUUGUGGACAGCACACAGGUUUUGUCGACAAAUAAACUACACACAGAGGAAGAAUGGCGUCGAGCCUAUGUGGUUUUGUCCUUUUUAGCCCAUGCAUAUAUCUGGGGUGGUGACAAGGCAUCCGAGGUACGAAGUAUUCUUGGAAAAUACUAGGUAAACCUCAUACCCAUGGCGACUAACGAAAGAAUAGGUACUCCCUCCAGCAAUAUCAGUGCCAUAUAUUCAAGUUUCGGAGCAUCUCGAUCUUCCACCAGUUGCAACAUAUGCUGCGC